AUGGAAGAAGACAUCAUGAAGCCCGAGCCGAAACCAACACAGGCUCUUAGUAUCGUACGACCGAUGGACGAGAGGUUCACCCACUUCAUUUUCGAUUUUGACGGAACAAUCACCACAAAAGACACCAUCAAUGUUAUUGCCAACAUUGGAAUUGCCCAUCAACAUAACCGAGGUAAAAAAUUCACUAGAAAUUGGGCCAACCUUGUUAAGAGCUAUCUGGACGAGUUCGAUAACCACACUGAGAAGUAUAUCCCCAAACCAUUUGAGAGGACAACGUUGGAGGAAGAGAUCAAGUUUCAAAGAAGUCUGAAGGAUGUAGAAUUGAGAAGCUUCAAUCGAGUCAGCACGUCAGGUCUUUUCGUAGGCAUUUCUAAAGAGCAAUGGGAACAUGAGGGCAAGGCCGCAGUCUUGUCAGGAAAGGUUGAAAUCAGAAGGGGUUUCAAGGAACUUGUGAAAGAGAUUGAAUUGCGAAAUGGUGUUUGGGGGAUCGUCUCAGUUAAUUUCUCAAAAGACUUUAUCAGAGGUGUUUUGGAGCAAUGCCUGGAAAAGCGUGUGAAUAUCCCAAUCCUCGCAAAUUCCCUCGACGAACAUGGUAUCAUAUGUGGGCCCGUACUCGAGGAGACUGGAUUGAAAACUGUCCUGGCAACAUCAGACACGAAACUAUCCGCAAUGCUCCAGUUGCUAAAAUCUUGGAAACACGAUGACACUGCCAAAGCGGUAUAUUAUGGCGAUUCCCCAACAGACCUUGAGUGCCUGUUUGACCCUGCUGUCAAAGGUGUUGUGGUAGGACAACAUGGAAAUACUGACCUCUUGAGGUCACUUUUAACUCACAAAGAUCCUCAGCUGGUUGAAACAUAUACUCGAGACUUUGAUAAGAACGCACUCAUCAACUUUGAAUGUACGCUACAGAACUCAUGA